AUGGAAACGCCCAACUCACAGACCACGACACAAAAUGUGGUAACGGUGCCGAUUCCGAUCCUACCGGCCGAGGGUACCUAUGCGUACGUUUUUGUCAAGGGUUCCCUGUACGCACGGGAUAGUGCCAUAUUCGGUUGCUCGGCUGACGAGGUUCAAGCGCUCUCGAAGCGCUUCCAGAUCAGCUCGGUUCCGAUCGACAAUGGGGUGCUGAUCAAGGUCGCUCCCUCGCUCAUCAUCAACUCACUGGCUCAGCUGGGCUACAAAGUGGUUUCCAGCACUGGUGAGGCGGAGAUCGUGUGGACUCUGCAACGUGAAUUGUAAAAAAAAUGGAAACCUGACCUCACCUUUACGAAGCGAUAAAAUCAUCGUUACUAUAUUUGCUAGGAAACCUUUUUGGCUAUCUCAACAUUUCCGCAGCUCCACGUGACAACUUUUAUCUUCCUCCAGUAUUUUUGAAAACCCUAUAACCUGUGUAAUUCUGCCACCAUUUCAACUGAUCCACACAUGAAAAAAAAGUCAAAACUCUGGGUGCUAAUGUUGUGUGAUCAAAUUACAAUUCAACCACAAUACCUAUACGAACCUACUGGAGUUUGCCAACAAAUCUAAUCCAAGCUGUUAUACUUAUUUUUACAUACAUAAAUCAUCAUCGUCGUUGCCGUGUCGUUAAAGCCUGCAAACGCCUGUCGUAGUCCUUCGCCCCCACCCAAAGCCAUCACUCUUACGAACGGUCACGGGAUUACAAACGGAAACUGUAACGGUCAUUCU